AUGACACGAGUGGAUGGAGGAGGCUGUGAUGAUGGACAGGUGAGCAUGGCAAACCCCGUGGGCGUUUGUUUGCGUGACUUUUCGGAGAAGUGUGCACGCGUGUGCGAAGCCUGUCUAGCUCAGUUGGUAGAGCGCAAGACUCUUAAUCUUGUGGUCGUGGGUUCGAGCCCCACGGUGGGCGACUACCAAUGA